AAAGUAAGAGAGAUAUGCAGGUGGGGUCACUAAAAUACUGGCUAACAGCUAGUCAAUUGGGUUUAGCUUGGUAAAUGAGAGAAUGAGAGAGGCUUGUGGGUGAAGAUCCCUUCUCAUUAAUGGCGUACAUGAGAAAUGACAGCUUUGUGUUUGGUUUUAUCUACAGGCUUGCAUUAAUGAAGGCUAUCGGACAACAAGGAUGAUGUGAGUACAUUCAUGGUAAAACAUUGAAGACCCACAUGGUGACCCACAGCAUAAAGAGGGAUUCAUCUAUAUAUAAGCCAUAAAUUUCCGUCGUGGGCAUCAAGCUCUGUAUAAGAUUGUGGCUUUCAGUCUAAGAUAUUGAUUUGGGAAGAAGAAAGAAAGAGUGAUUUGAUUACUUGGUGUGCUUACUUUUGUAUUUGGUUAUGGAAUUGCAGAACAUUGCUGUAUUGAGUUGUAAGAUGAAGAAGAUGAUGUUGGUGAUGUUGGUGUUGCAGCAGGUGGUGUGGACUAGGGCAAUGUUAGACCCACUGGAUUUUUUGGCUCUGCAGAGCAUCAGGAAGAGCCUGUAUGACAUGCCAGGCUCUGAGUUUUUCAAGUCAUGGGACUUUUCAUCUGACCCCUGUGGGUUUUCUGGAGUGUUGUGUGAUUCACAAGGGCAAGGAAAGAGAGUUGUGGCUUUGAACCUUGGGAAUGCUUCUGCUGGGUCACCUGGACUGAGAGGCAAGCUGGAUGGGGGUGUGGGUUGCCUUGGGGCUCUUGUAGAGCUGACAUUGGUGCCUGGUCAGGUUGUGGGGACUAUUCCAGAGACCAUGGGUCAGUUGAAGGAGUUGCAGUUUGUGGGUAUCAGUAAAAACUUCUUGUCUGGUAGGAUUCCUCCAUGCUUGGGAUCAUUGACAAAGUUACAGACAUUGGAUUUGAGCUUCAAUCAGUUUGUGGGUUCUAUUCCCCUUGGGAUUGGACAGCUACCCACUUUGUCAAAUCUCAUUCUUUGCCACAAUAAGCUCACAGGACCAAUACCCACAUUCAUGUCUAGUCUCAGAAGGCUGGAUCUUAAGCACAAUGGGCUCUCAGGAACACUGCCAGAAUCUCUGCCUCAUUCUCUUCAGUAUGUUUCCCUCGCCAAGAAUCUGCUAUCUGGGAGCAUUCAUGGAGUUUCAGAGCUUCAACAGCUGAGUUACCUUGACCUUAGCUAUAACCAUUUUAGUGGGAAUAUUCCAGGUGAAUUGUUUAGUUUGCCUUUAACUUCUUUGUUCUUGCAGAGAAACUCUUUUACUGGUCCUGUUGUCCCCCAAGGGCAGGUCACAAUUCCAAAUGUGGACCUCAGUUAUAAUUUCUUAACAGGUCCUAUUUCCCCUUUUCUAGCUUAUGUUCAUAAUCUGCAUCUUCACAACAACAACUUCAUUUGGAGCAAAUCCUUCAAGAUUCAUUAAUGGGCAAGGCUUUCCUAUUGCUCAUAUCUGCUGCACCAUCAUCCACUUUCUCUCACACAUUAGGCAGCUUCAAAGCCCAUCAAUUUUGAUGGGCCGUUUUUGUAUAAAUCAAUUCACUGUUGUGAAGAUCUAAAUUCUGUUAAUUUUUUAUAACAUGUGCGUACGUGGAGAAUUAUCUUGACUA